GACGUCGGUUUCUUGGUCCAUGAUAUAUCUUGCUGUUCCCUUUCCAGUUUCUAGCUCCUCGCCGCCGCAGCAUCCGAAUUCCUUUGAUCGUUGGUGUGGAGCGAUGGAACACGGCUCAUACACUGAUCAGAGUAAAUCAACAUUUAGUCUCGUAGAUGAGGAUCAUACUUUUGCAAACGCUGUUAGAUUCACCUUGAAUCAAGACCCAAGAGUGUCAUUUUGUGGCUACAGCAUUCCUCACCCUUCAGAUAAUCGUGUUAAUAUCAGAGUCCAGACAACAGGCGAUCCAUCACGCGAGGUGUUAAAAGAUGCAUGUCAAGAUCUGAUGCUUAUGUGCCAGCAUGUUAGGAGCACUUUUGAUAAGGCAGUCAGUGAUUUUAAAAUCAGCAAGGCUAGGAAGAAUAAUGAGGAUAUGGAUGUCGAGUAAAUAUUUUGCCUGCGUAGCAGCUAUACACUGAAAUAUGAUGAGCAGGAAAAGGCAGGUGCCAAACUAGUGUUCAUUAUCAGUUUUUAAAUUUACUUUUAGAAAGGAAACUUCAUUCCUGAAAACUCUAGUAGCUGGUUUGGUCUUCCGUUACGUCUGAUAAUACUUGCACCCAUUUUUGCUCAUGGGACAUGGAACCAAACAGACACUAAAAUUUCAUUCAGUCUUGGUUUGAAUUUACGAUGCAUUUGUUAAGUUUCACUUUCACAACCUCAUACAUACAAUAGAUCAUGUAGUAAAUUCAAGAUUA